CAUGAAUAAUUUUAGCUUCUACCAGGACCAGAUGGGAACUUUUACAACAGCAUUGAUAAAAAUAGGUGAUGUCACCGGAGCGAUCGUUAAACUGCCACAACAGAAUCAACACCAGACUGCGUUAAACUUUGGCUUCGCAUCCAGUGGGGAGGUCAAAAUUCUGCAGGAAACCAAUGUCGAGAUGGACAUUGUUCUGAAAAUUGCAGUUCCAGGAAAAGCAGAAAAAACAAAUGACACAUACAUUGGAGUUCUGCUUUUUCCAGGGAUGCCCAAAUUUAGGUCAAAACGUCAUUUUUGGAACAAUAAAGUACUGGGGAUUGAAAUGGGAGCAAAUGUCUCACAAACCAUAGACAUUCACUACAGCAAUGUGGAAAUGAGUAAUGCUAGUGCUUCCUGUAUGUCAUGGGACGGCAAAGUCGAUAAUGAAACCUGGACGCCAGAUCGUUGCCAAACAAAUCACACAAAUGGCAAAAUCACCUGCCGAUGCUCGCAUCAUGCAUUUUUUGCAGUUGUCAUUGUGAGCCGAUUUCUAACUAUCAUGAGCAACCUGAGUCACUAUAUUAAUAUUAUGAACGAUGCCAGCACAGCAGCCAUCACAAUAGGCAAUGUCACUGGAGUGAUUGCAAAACUACAAACAAAUUCUAACAUGAAUUUUGGCUUUGAAUCAAGUGGAAAUGCAAAAGUGCUCGGUGAUAAUCACAAUAAGGUGUACGACUUUGGCAGAGAAAUUCACCUUCCAAAAGAAGCCAUUGACAUGGCACAAAAAAACAAUGAAAGUUACGUCAGAGUUCUGCUUUUUCCAGGAUUGAAUUGGAAUCACUCAAACAUUUUCAAAAAUGAAGUGCUGGGAAUUGAAAUGGGAACAAACAUUGUCAAUCUGUCCAACACCAUUGACAUUCAGUACAAGGAUGCAACAAUGAAUCAAUUAAAAGCCACAUGCAUGUCAUGGAAUGGUCAAACUAUGAAAGGAUCUUCUCCAGAGUGGACCACAAGCGGCUGCAAAACAAUUCAAACUGGGUAUAAAGUCCAGUGUAAAUGCUCUCAUCUCACCUUUUUUAGUAUUUUCACAUCAAGUUUGUUAUCAAAUGAUCAAAAUAAACCAGAGAAAACCCUAAUUUUCCCAGCCCCAGACCAUCCUCUGAACUUGGAGCAAGCAGCAAAUGUAAUGAAGAAUCUGAGUUCCAUACUGGACCUGAUGGGCAAUGCCAGCACAGCAGCCAUCAAACUUGGGAACAUUACUGGGGUCAUUUCUAGACUGCCACAACAAAAUCAGACAAACAUGGACUUUGGCUUUCAUUCAAGUGGGGAUCUAAUGAUUCUCAAUAAAAAUUCUGAUGUGGGGACAUGCAUCAAACAAGCGGUUCACUUUCCUAAAGAAGCCAGUGAAUUGGCUGUAAAAAGAAAUGGCUCUUUUGCUGGGGUUUUGCUUUUUCCAGAAAUUGAGAAGCUUAACAAAACUAGUUUCUUUUUCAACAACGAAAUGCUGGGGAUUGAAAUGGGAGCAAAUAUUUCCAACCUCUCAGAAACCAUCAAUAUCCACUUCAGUAAUGUGAAUACGACUGAAUUUAAUGCCACUUGUAUAUCAUGGGAUGGCAAGAGUAAAGAAGGUAGCAAGGAAAAAUGGAUCACAGAUGGCUGCCUAACAAACGAGGCCAAUGGCAGCAUCACUUGCCAUUGCUCUCACCUUACCUUUUUUGCCAUUCUCAUGUCAUCCAAUGAAAAUGGGAAGAUCAGCUCCUCUGACUUGAAAACCCUGACACAAAUCACAAAAGCCGGCUGCGGCAUGUCGAUGUUCUUCCUGGGUGUGGCUCUCUUUAUGCAUUUUCUCAUAAGGAAAAAUAAAGCCAGCCAAGCUGUAAAGAUCCUGAUGAAUCUGUUUAUUGCCCUGUUCGUCCUGAACUUUUGCUUCCUGAUAAAUGAGUCAAUUGCUGACCUGAAGGUCAUGGCAGCAUGUGUGGCGAUGGCAGCGGUUCUGCACUAUAGCAUGCUGGCCACAUUCACAUGGUUCUUCAUGCAGGCUUUGCACCUUUACUUCAAUCUGUAUAAAAUCCCCACAGACAUGAAACAUUAUAUGUGGAAGAUUUGCAUCACAGGAUGGGUUAUUCCAUCUGUGGUGGUGGUUGGACUUCUUGCUUCAAACAAAUAUAACUACAUUGAAGUUUCUGAUGAUAACGGGACCUCAGUAGCUAUGUAA